GCGUGGGGGUCGCUGGCUGCUGGACGGGCGGCAGCAGGCCGCGGGCCCCGAGCCGGGGAAAGCUAGCGAGUGGAGGCGCGGAGGAGCAGUUUCACUCGCUGGGGAGACCUAUGGGCCGAAGCCGUGUAAAUGCGUUUUAAGCAGGGGCCUCGGCUCCGCAAUUGCCACUCCUCCUCGGGGUGCUGCACAAGUUUCGAGGUCACCGGCGACCCCCCCUAGCAGCGCGCCUGGCUCUGGCCCCCGCGAAGGAGCACGGGGCUUGUGUGUUGCAUACUUUCUAAGGCGCCUGAGGCAGCGGCAGCUCCAUCCAGCCCAUCGGCUCCUCCUCGGCAUGGCUGGCUACCUGAGUGAAGCGGACUUCGUGAUGGUGGAGGAGGGCUUCAGCACCCGAGACCUGCUGGAGCAGCUCACUCUGGGGGCCUCACAGUCCACCACGGAAGAGGUCGCUGCCUUCUUUGUGGCCGACCUGGGUGCUGUAGUGAGAAAGCACUUCUGCUUUCUGAAGUGCCUGCCGCGAGUCCGACCCUUUUACGCUGUCAAGUGCAACAGCAGCCCGGGCGUGCUGAAGGUCCUGGCUGAGCUAGGACUGGGCUUCAGCUGUGCCAACAAGGCAGAGAUGGAGUUGGUCCAGCAUAUUGGUGUCCCCGCCAGUAAGAUCAUCUACGCCAACCCCUGUAAGCAAAUUGCACACAUCAAGUAUGCUGCCAAGCAUGGGGUCCAGCUGCUGAGCUUUGACAACGAGAUGGAGCUGGCAAAGGUGGUAAAAAGCCACCCCAGUGCCAAGAUGGUUCUGUGCAUUGCCACCGAUGACUCCCACUCCCGGAGCCGCCUGAGCCUCACGUUCGGAGUGUCGCUGCAAUCCUGCAGACACCUGCUUGAAGAUGCCAAGAGGAACCACGUAGAGGUGGUGGGUGUGAGUUUUCACAUUGGCAAUGGCUGUCCUGACCCUCAGGCCUACGCUCAGUCCAUCGCAGACGCCCGGCUUGUGUUUGAAAUGGGUGCUGAGCUGGGCCACAGGAUGCACAUCCUGGACCUUGGCGGCGGCUUCCCUGGAGUGGAGGGGGCCAAAGUGAGAUUCGAAGAGAUUUCUUCUGUGGUCAACUCAGCCUUGGACCUGUACUUCCCGGAGGGCUGUGGUGUGGACAUCCUUGCCAAGCUGGGGCGCUACUAUGUGACCUCGGCCUUCACCUUGGCAGCCAGCAUCAUCGCCAAGAAGGAGGUUCUUCUGGAACAGCCUGGCAGGGAGGAGGAAAACGGUUCCGCCCCCAAGACCAUCCUGUACCAACUCGGUGAGGGCGAGUAUGGAAUCUUCAACUCAGUCCUGUUUGACAACACCUGCCCUACCCCCAUCCUGCAGAAGAAACCAUCCAUGGAGCAGCCCCUGUACAGCAGCAGCCUAUGGGGCCCAGUGGUCGAUGGCUGUGACUGCAUAGCUGAGGGCCUGUGGCUGCCGCAACUACAUGUAGGGGACUGGCUGGUGUUUGAGAACAUGGGCGCCUACACCGUGGGCAUGGGUUCCCUCCUCGGGGGCGCCCAGACCUGCCGCAUCACCUAUGCCAUGUCCCGGGUGGCCUGGCCUCUUGAUGCUGAAGCCAGUGCUCUUUCCCUGUCCUCCUACCCGGCGUCCACCCCUCCUCACCAAGUGUUUACCAUGUGCCAGCCUGCUGUUGGGGCCACGAGGCAGGAAGCCCUGCGAGGGCAGCUGCUGCCUGCAGAACAGGGCGAGGACGCCGAGGGCACGUGCAAGCCUCUGUCCUGUGGCUGGGAGAUCACAGACACCUUGUGCAUGGGCCCUGUCUUCACCCCGGCGAGCAUCAUCUGUGUCUGCCUCCUCUGCAGCGCCAGGGGCCCGCUCAGCCAGGUAUGGGGGUGUUCUUGGGGUCUCCCUUGGUCUCCUUCCCACCUUUGUAAAUAUGAAGUGAAUAAAUAUUUAGGUUGUUUAAUACGCCAGUGGAACCCGGCGGUUCAAUCCACGAAGCAGCCUGCGUGAGGCCAGGACUUCCCCACCCUACUAUGAUAACCCCAUGCCCUCUGCUUCGGUCCUGACCCGCUGCAGUGUGGGC